UACAAUGUGUUACAAACUACAAAACAAGAUGGAAACAAAAAAAGAAGAAGGAAAAGAGCAAAAUGUGGGAUAGAGGCCCACUCCCCACCCACGUGGCAUUUCAUUGGGUCUUCCAUCUAGUAAAAUCUUCCAAAUUGUGAAAUAGGGGCUGCAUUCAUGAUAUGAGAAAUGGGAGGUGCCACGUCAAAAUGGAAGAGCUUCCUGAUUUAAUUUGAGAUUCAGAUUUUGUAUGUUGUCUUUCAGUCCGGGUCAGAUCCAGUGCUUAAACCUAAAAGUUUAAGCAUAUGCUUAAACCAAUUCUAUUGGUUGGAAGUAUUCUUGUUAAUUUAUUACAGGUUGUUAGUUAGAUUAUUAUUAAGGGUAAAUUAGGUAUUAGGAAAAAACUACUAAUUAAUAGAAAGAGAAAAAACAAAAAAUAAAAGCCUAAACAAUUUUGUAUUUGUACCACCCGCAGCCCAUCCUCCCGGCAUGGCAUCAAUCAUCCUGUCGGCUGCCGCCAUCCACCCACCGGCGACAACGUCUAGAAUAGGUGAUCGCGCCAACGCCGGCCAGUCCUCCUAUCGGCAAAGGCCGCAGUCUCUCCUACGCCAUCAUUCCUCUGCCAUUCCUAUGCCGACAACCCGUCCACCAUCUCGUCGCCAUUCCGCCGCCAACAUGUCGAUAGUAUUUAUACACGGAGACUUCUGUUAUGUCGUCGCCCUCAGCGGGAUACCGGACGCGCAUCCGCCGUUAUGCAUAUAUUUGAAUAUCGUGUUCGUGUGUAUAUAUUUUGUUGCUAACGUUUUAUGUUUUCUUUUUGAAUAAUGAUGAGUUAUCAUUAAUAAUGUUUUUCAUAUCGUUGAUGAUACAUCCCCGAAACAUUUGAUACGAGAAUAGAAGAUUGUUAACAAUGGGCCAAGAACCGUUAAUAUUUUAAUUGGGGGUAACCAUUAAAGUUAUAUGAUUUGUGAUAAAAAAACAACAACGAGAUAUCGUUAACAAUAUUUUUGUAUGAGCAAAAAGUUAUUAACAAAACGUUAAUAAUAAUUUUGUUAUAUCGUUAAUGAUACAUCGCAUAACCAUUGAUAACAUUUCAUUAGAUUGUUAAUAAUGUGCUUAAAACGUCAAUAAUUAGAUUUCUUGUAAUUUUUAAUAUUGAUUACAAUUAAUUACAUCAAUGUUGAUAACAUUACAUUAGAUUGUUAACAAUGGACUUAAAAUCGAUAACAAUGUUACAACAAAACAUUGAUAACAAAAUUGAAAUUCAUUGACAACAAAGCCACAAUUAUUAAUAAUGAAGUGAUUGUUAACAUUACAUCAAUGUUGAUAACAUUAACCUUGUAAUAAAAGUAUGCUAAGUUGAUAGAGGUAAAAAAUCGUUAAUAACGUAACAACAAACCAUUGAAAACGAAAUUGAAAUUUGGUGACGGUCAAGCCAUAAUCAUUAAUAAUGAAAUGAUUCAAUAUUAAGUGUCAGAUACCACAAAAAAUGUUAAAGAAACUGAGGUUUUCCAUUCAAAAUAUAACAAAUUUAACAACCAAACUAUCAACAAUGCUAUUGUAAAUCCUUAAUAUCUUCUGUGUAUUUUGUUGACGAUGGAAGAAUAUUUGUUACUAAAAGGCAAUUUGCCAUUAAUUGUUGACAAACACAAAACGUUGACAACAAUGUAUGUUUUAAGUUUUAACACAAAAGAUUAAAGCCAAUUCACCAUUAAUUGUUCACAAACAGUACUACUCGACGGCCACAAGCGGCCUCGGUGACAAACAAACUCGGCGACGACAAAGAACACCAGAAGGUAAAGCGACGACAACAACAAGAAGCUCCCUAUUUGUUAAGCAACGACCGGCUCCUCGACGAUGACCAACUCCCUCUUCGUUAAGCGACGACGACGAACACCGCGCUAUCCUUCCUUGACGAUGGCAAGCUCCCUAGUCGAAAUCAUGAACCUUCCUUGCCGGCCGGAAACGAAAAGGCAGAAGGAGAGCUGGCACCCGUAGGGAAGAGAAAAGGCAGAUUUAUUUGUUUCGUGAUUCACGUUUAGUUUCCUUUAAUUGUGGAAUUAUAUUAAAUUUUAAAUAAAUAAAAUACAUGAUUUACCUCAAUACCCUUAAUUAAUUACUAACUAAUAACUCCUAUUAACUACCUAGUUUACUAAUAGCCAAUAGUAUUGGUUUAAGCAUAUGCUUAAACUUUUGGGCUUAAGCACAUGAACCUAGGCCCUUUCAGUGGGAGUAACUACUUCUUUCAUAGCUUUAAUUUGAGAUUCAGAUUUUGAAUCUCUAUAAAUGGGUAUAGAUAUGACUGGUUAAGGUGACCAGCUUUACACGGGAAACGCAAGUUAAGGGAAACAUAAUCAACUUGAAUUCGAGAUAGCUAUUCGACAUUUUAGUUAAAGAUUGAUUCAAUCAAACAAGAGAAACUGUUCAUCAAUGAUAUAAAUCCAAAUCCUGAGCAUUCUUGAUAUGGUAUAUAAUCAGCUAACUACUAGGGGUGGCUAUACGGUCCGGUCCGGUUAAAUUGGCCCGAAUUGAUCUGUUAGUAAACGGUAUAUGAUCCACAAUUGAACCUCUCAACAGCUCGAGUUAUUGGGAUCAACUGGUUCUUGACAUGGUAUCAGAGCUUUCUGUGACCGUGAGGUCUUCUGUUCGAUUCCCGGUGACCCCCAUCUGUUUCUGUUAAGCACACGGUGUCCGGACCUGUGCCUGUCCAAACUUCAAGCCUAUCUGAAUGGCUUGAGUUUGAAGGGGGGUGUUAGUAAACGGUAUAUGAUCCA